AUGUGGGCGGACCUACAAGCAAUCCACUCGCCGGGCAUUCUCGUGGGAGACACGCACGGCGGCAACUACCUGGGCGGGAAGCUCGUCGGCUUCAGCCGGGCGUGGACUAUGUACCAUCCGGCUUUGAUCCAAACCUGCGGCAAUAAAUGGCAGGAGUUGAUGUUGGAAGAGCUGCAGAAGCUACAGGAUAACUACUAUGAUCUGAGGAACAGUUUAGCGCCAGAAACGCUCGACAUCCCUCAAGGCCUCGAGGCGUUCUGUUCGAGGCACAUUGCCUACUACAGAAAUCUCCCGAGCGCCUACAACUGGGCUCAAGUGGGAAAUGGACGCCGACUCGGCACUCGCGUUCGUUGUGGAACAUAA